UUCUCACCUGUCUCCUUAAUCCUAUUAUUUAUUUAUUUAUUAUUUGCUAGCACAACGAAUAAUGAAGGAAAUUAUCUAGAAUGAAUAUCCAUCUCCAUCGCUUGUCUACAAAAUCCAUAUAGAUAAUGUAGAGGACGAGAGGUUCAAAAUACAUUCAGCGGCACGCCAAAAUUCACUUCUCAGAACCCCUUUCUCCCCCAAUCCUCCUCGUUUUCUUUCUGUUUGGAAUGGAAAGAUGAUUGCCGUCAAAGCGAUCAACCAUUCCUUCUGCCCUAUUCAGGACAGUACUCUCUACCUGGCCAGAUUUCCCAGCACCAGAAGUUCCAUUUUGUGCCUCUGCAAGUCCAGCGAUUCAGAUCCCCAAUCUCCUCCUCCUCCACCACCAGACGGAGAUGCUCGCAGCCAAGAACUUCUGGCUAGAAUCGCCAUGCUUCAAGCUCAGAAGGUUCGCCUCACUGAUUACCUGGAUGAGAGAUCCGCGUAUUUAACCCAAUUUGGCGAGGAAGCCAUCGCUGAGCUUGACAAAGUCGGAGACGAUGCUCUCAAAGGCUUAGAUGAAGCUAGCGAAAGGAUAACGGCAAACAUAGAGAGCAGCAUGCUAGAGUUUGAGGAAUUUGCAGAACUAAACAGACGAGAGAUUGAGGAGAACGAAAACAAGCUAGUUGAUUUUGAAGAUCAAAUGGAGGAUGACAGAAACGAAGGCCUCUUCUUUAAGAAUCUGAGGCAGAAAGCUCCUGUAGUUGACAAAGAGAAAGCCAAAGAGGAAGCAGAAAAGAUCAAAGAUGUGACUAAAGAAAAAGCUGGAAGCAGAACCAGAAAGAACAUUUACUUGUUCUUCAUUGGCCUCCUUUCUUUUGGAAUUGUGGAUUCUCUUUCAUCUUCUUCACCUACUGAUUGGAGAAAAGUUGCAGCUCUUGCAGCCAUUCUUGUGGCUUUAGUUUCUCAGUUCAUCUAUGAACAGAAAAUGUCAUCAGAAACCAGUGCGAUAUCACAGGAGAAGACCAACCAAGAUGAUGAUAAUGAAGAAGAAACUAAAUGAAGCGCAUCUAUGUUUGCUGUGAUUCAUUGUAAAUAGGAAGAAAGAAAAAGCUCACAUUCUUCUACUUCUUGUGGUUUAUUUCUUCCAUUGUUGUGACACAGAACAGCUCUUACUCAGCACCCUUCCUUAACAUAUUGGCUUCACUAGGUAUUAAAAUACAUUAAGUAGGCACAAUAAGAGUCAAGAAGAAGUGAAUUUGAGAUGAAGA